AUGAACCUGCACCCCAUUGCUUGCAGUCGCUGCCGGGCUAACAAGCGUAAAUGCUCCCGGGAACUCCCGGCUUGCCAUCGGUGCCGUCGUCUCGGUUUCGACUGCGGCUAUCUGCCUGCCCGCAGAAAGCAGCCGGUGGACCAUUCAUGGCACAGUGGGAGAACAGUGUCGGUGGUAAAAAACGGCCAGCUCUCAACGGAGUUCAAUGGUCUGGUGCUUUUGGAUUUCUAUUUCGUGCUUUUCAUUCCGUCUAGUUUCAUCUUUCACCAGCCUUGUGUGAAGCGCCGAUAUGUUGAAGGCCACAUAUCACCCUCGGUGCGUGACUCGAUCUUUUCGAUAGCGCUGCUAUUGCUGGAAGCAAGAACAGCCCCAACACACCAUCUGGUUGAUGAAACCUCAACACCUCAGGGAACGAAAUGGCCGGCGAGACUGUGGGCAGAGCGCGCCAACAUGGCGGCUAAACAGGCCACGCGUCCAACUCUGGAUGCGGUUCAGACUUACUAUAAUCUUGCAGCCUACUGGUGUGCGGUAGGAGGCACGAGCAAUUUCCGAGAAUGUGCCAGUAAUGCAAUGCAAUCUGCCCAGCAAGUGGCUGUUGGUAAUCCCCGCCUGCCUCCUGACGAGGCUCGCGAACUGAAACAGUCCUGCUUUUGGAUUGCGAUGACAUGCCGUAGUCUGCUCAAAAAUGAUUUUUUUGUAGCUCCUUUCGAUUCGGUGCUGGAGGAUCAACUCUCACUAAGAGAGGAAAUUCUCCCACAGUCCCCAGAAAUUGUCCUAGGAAGCUUUGUCCGUGGCAGAAUCAUGAAACUCAUGGAGCUCUGGUUGAAGAUAAGGCAGUUCGUUUACGGGCUCUAUGAUGACGCACAUCCUGGGACGCAAUUGGCAACCUUGAUUAAUCUAGACACCGAGGCCUGUAGCAUCUACAGGACAUUUCCUCCAGAGUACUUGAACUUUGAUGGCCGGCGUUGGGUGGGACAGUCGGAAUUCGAUGACGUUAUAUCACUACAAACUAUCUACCACCUUUGUCGCAUCCUACCGCAUCUCGCGAUGGCUAGGUUUUUGCAGAAACAAGAGCCGUGGGCUCAAGCACAUAUCCUGCCGUGCUCCAAGAUCGCGGCUCGGCAUAUAAAUCAAAUUUCCGACAUUCUCACGACUUGCCUCUCCGUUCAGCAGUGCUUUCGAUCGGCCUUGCCACCAUUUGUUGCAUACUGUUCAUUGGUGUCAAGCUCAGUUUACUUCAAAUACGUGGAAAGUAUCCAAAAUCGCAGCACCGAUUCAGCGAGUGAUCGGAAUCCUGCUUUUCGCCUCCUAAGAGUCCGGCUUCUCUCCAACUUGCGUUUGCUCAAACAGCUUAGGGGCUUUUGGGCCCCCGUGAAUGCAAUGUGGGAUGUAUUGCAGGCCGAUAUGAAAUCUGCAAGAAUAUCUGAUAGAGACGUUGAUGAGUUCCUGGGGGAACCAUGUGCCCCAUUUGAACGGACAACACUAGCGCCGACUCCUCCAAUGCCGGUUUGCCCUAAACGCCAGGUGGAAUAUUUCAUGGUCACCAAUCUACCACAAGUGAUGCGCUCUACCGUAUUAUUCGAUCCAGCAUACAUCCUGGCCGGGAUUCUUCAAUCAUUUCCGCUCGGAGCCAAACCGAAAGAGCAAGCGAUUUCCCCACCUGAUGCUAUAGACAGCUCAUCUCCUGAAGCGAGAAGCAGUCCCUCUGGAUCUCUCGAAAGGGAUAUCUUAUCAAUGCCGGGUCAUGCGUGGAAACUGCCGCUGGAUUCUAAUGCUCAAAGUCCACAACAGAUAGGGGAAGCUUCCACACAAUUCGAUCACCCUUUGCAAUCUGAAUCGAUUCAAACCGAAAGCUCGCAUAAUUUUAUGCCGAAUGUCAGCCGUGAAGCACCCCUGCCCAAUCUAGACGAUCCAACCACAUUCAAGGGAAUGAUGGAGAUGAUGUGGCUCGACGGGAACGAACUGCUAGUUUAG